AUGGCCCAGGAUCUCGAGAGAUACUCAACCUUUUCCGACGGAAGGGCGUCCGUCUCGAUGGCAACGGAAUCGGAGAGGGUGAGAUGGCCUCCUCUGACAAGAUUGUUGAUGUCUGGCGAGAUGAGUGGAGAGCCGCCUCGGGAGUUUACACUGAAGGAGAGAUUUGACGUCUGGAUGGUAAAUGAAGGCUAUAGACGACUUUUCGUUGUCGUCUUUGUUCUUGUGCAUCUCAUGAUUUUUGCUUUCGCAUUUUUGAACUUCGACCUCAAGGACAACUUGACAACUGCGAGAACCACCUUUGGUACGACCUUUGUUAUUGCGCGCUCUGCCGCCUUAGUGCUGCACUUCGAUAUUGCACUUCUCAUACUUCCUGUAUGCCGCACACUCAUCUCGCUGGCGAGACAAACGCCUCUCAAUGGCAUUAUACAAUUUGAUAAGAACAUCACCUUUCACAAACUUGUAGCAUAUUCUAUUGUCUUCUUCACCUGGGUCCAUACAAUAGCCCACUGGAACAACUUUGCCCAGCUCGCCGCAAAGAACAAACUCGGGUUCAAAGGCUUUCUUGCCGCCAAUUUUCUCACUGGUCCUGGCUGGUCCGGGUACAUUAUGCUAAUAGCAUUGAUGAUAAUAUUUGCCACUUCGAUUGAGAGGCCUCGUCGGGCAAACUUCGAACGCUUUUGGUAUCUGCACCACCUCUUCAUAGUGUUCUUCGUUUUCUGGUCCGUGCACGGUGCAUUCUGCAUGAUCAAGACUGAUAGCGCCCCCUUUUGUGCUGGAACCGGCGUUUUUUACCAAUGGUGGAUGUAUAGUGGAUUCAUCUAUCUUGCGGAGCGCAUCCUCCGUGAAGUGCGCGGCAGACACAAGACCUUCGUCAGCAAAGUCGUCCAACAUCCCAGUAAUGUAUGCGAGAUCCAGAUCAAGAAAGAAAAGACCAAAACUAGGGCAGGCCAAUAUAUCUUCCUCUGCUGCCCGGAGGUAUCGAUCUGGCAAUAUCACCCCUUCACCCUAACCUCCGCCCCAGAGGAAGACUACAUCUCCGUCCACGUCCGCUGUGUCGGCGACUUCACCAAAGCCCUCGCCAAAGCACUAGGCUGCAACUUCGAGCGCUCUUCCGGCCACGACAAGAAACAGGGAAUCGGCUCCGAAGUCGUUGGUGUCCACGACGGCGCCAAAGAAAACGACAUCGAUCCCACGAUCCGCAAAGUCUUGCCGCGAGUCUACAUCGACGGUCCUUUCGGCUCAGCCUCCGAAGACGUCUUCAAAUACGAAGUCGCAGUCCUAGUCGGUGCAGGCAUCGGGGUUACGCCGUUCGCCAGUAUUCUGAAGAGCAUCUGGUAUCGGCUCAACUACCCGCAGAAGAAGACGCGAUUGCGGAAAGUCUACUUCUUUUGGGUCUGUCGCGAUUUCGGGUCGUUUGAGUGGUUUCGCUCUCUUUUACUAGCCAUCGAAGCACAAGAUCUGCAGAAUCAUAUCGAGAUUCAUACCUACCUCACCGCGAAAAUCAAACCCGACGACGCCACCAACAUCAUGAUCAACGACGUCAACUCGGACCGCGACGCCAUCACGGGACUCCGCGCACCCACAAACUUCGGCCGUCCAAACUGGGACAUGGUCUUUCGCUCCAUCCGCAAGAUCCACUCGCCGGCCGAAGCGGGCGUGUUCUUCUGCGGUCCGAAAGUCUUGGGCAGUCAGCUGCAUGUCAAAUGUAAUAUGUACUCGGAGCCGGGGUUUAACUUUGUGUGGGGGAAGGAGAAUUUUUAG